AUGAUGUUGGAAUCGUCGUCGUUGGUGGAGCGGGAGAACGAGAAUGCCACGCAGGCCAGCGUCGAAAUGCUGCGGCAGGAGCUCAUUAGGAAGCAGGCUGAAAUUGACUCGCUCCGCCUCUUCCGGAAAGAGAACAAUUACCUGCGGGAAAAGGUUCUUGCGCUCUCCGACCGGGUUGAUCUGCUGACGGUAAAAUGGACGGAGCCUGCCACGAGUGGUGAAAUCGCACUCCGGGCACAGCUGCUAGCGUACCAGCGACACAGCCGUGUGCAUCAGGAAGAAUUGGAUCGCAAGGAAGAGACAAUUGUUGAGCUGCAGGGGAAAGUGGAGCAGCAGGAGGAUGAACUUCUUAUUUUCAAGCGACGCUGCGAGAUUCUUUUUGGGCGCCUUUGCACGGCUGGUGCAGUCUCACCUGUCAAGAACAGGGAGGAGUCAACAGGUGUUGGAACGCCAGGAACGGUUUUCACGGACGAAGACGACCCGACAAGUUUUUGGUCACUCAUCCGCAAGCUUCGCGGGGUGGAGAUGGAGCUAGACACGCUGCGCGAGAGGUUUGUUUCUCUCCAAGAGGACUACGAACGACGGGGGGUUCUUGUAGCCGCCAUGCGGCGUGAAAACGCGGCACUUCGUGCUUCGGUCUCUCAGCUUAUACAGCAGGUACGGCAGUCGGCUGCGUUGCAGUUGGGGGGCGGCAUGGAGAAUGGUGCAACCAAGCCCCAAAUGGAGGCAGGGGAGCAACGGAAUGACAAUGCCGUGGAUGCCCAUCCAAAGCUGUUUGCACUCCUCACACAGAAGGAGGAGAAGCUGAACACAAAUAAACACGGUGAUUCGCAGGGCGAGUAA